AUGGCAGGGGGGUUCGUGACUGCAGAGGGCAAGACUGGCCACCGCCAGUUCAAGGGGAAGAUCACAUGGUACGUCUGGAUCUGCGGUAUCAUCGCUGCCACAUGCGGGUUGAUGUUCGGCUACGACAUUGGUAUCUCAGGCGGCGUGACGGCCAUGGACGACUUCCUGGUGAGGUUCUUCCCGACGGUGUACGCCCGGAAGCACCGUGCCAAGGAGAACAACUACUGCAAGUUCGACGACCAGCGGCUGCAGCUCUUCACGUCGUCGCUCUACCUGGCCGCGCUCGUCACGAGCUUAGGGGCGUCCAUGGUGUGCACGCGCUUCGGCCGCAAGCGCACCAUGCAGGCCGCCUCCGUCUUCUUCCUCAUCGGCGCCGGCCUGUGCGCGGGGGCCGUCAACAUCGCCAUGCUCAUCAUCGGCCGCAUCAGCCUCGGCGUCGGCGUCGGCUUCGGCAACCAGGCCGCGCCGCUCUUCCUCUCCGAGAUCGCGCCGGCGCACAUCCGCGGGGCGCUCAACAUCCUCUUCCAGCUCAACGUCACCAUCGGGAUCCUCGUGGCCAACAUCGUCAACUACUUCACGUCCAACAUCCACCCGAUCGGCUGGAGAUACUCGCUCGGUGGUGCGGGGGUCCCGGCGGCGAUACUGUUCCUCGGGUCCCUCGUCAUCACUGAGACGCCGACGAGCCUCAUCGAGCGCGGGCACCACGUGGCCGGCCGUGCCAUGCUGGAGAGGAUCCGCGGCACUAAGGAGGUGGACGAAGAGUUCGACGAGAUCAACUCCGCAUGCGAGACGGCGGCUGCGUUGUGCGCCGAGGAGAAGCCGUUCCGGCGGCUCAGGCGCCGCGAGAGCCGGCCGCCGCUGGUGAUCGCCAUCGUCAUGCAGGUGUUCCAGCAGUUCACGGGCAUCAACGCCAUCAUGUUCUACGCGCCGGUGCUGUUCCAGACCAUGGGCUUCGAGAGCAAUGCCUCUCUCCUCUCCGCCGUCGUGACCGGUGGCGUCAAUGUCCUCUCGACACUCGUGUCCAUCGUCCUCGUCGACAAGAUCGGCCGCCGCAAGCUACUCCUCGAGGCCUGCGUCCAAAUGCUCAUCGCCCAGGUGACGGUGGGAGGGAUCAUGUGGGUACAGGUGAAGGACAACAACAACCCUAGCCACUCGUGGGCGCUGGCCAUCGUGGUGUUGAUAUGCGUCUACGUGUCUAGCUUCGCGUGGUCGUGGGGUCCUAUGGGUUGGCUCAUCCCAUCGGAGACGUUCCCGCUGGCGACGCGGACGGCGGGGUUCUCCCUGGCGGUGAGCUCCAACAUGUUCUUCACCUUCGUGAUCGCGCAGGCGUUCCUGUCCAUGAUGUGCACCAUGCGGGCCUUCAUCUUCUUCUUCUUCGGCAUCUGCAUCGUCAUCAUGGGGGUCUUCGUCCUCACGCUGCUGCCGGAGACCAAGGGCGUGCCCAUCGACGAGAUGGUCGACCGGGUGUGGCGGCGGCACUGGUUCUGGAAGAGAUUCUUCGGCGACGCCGAUGAGGCCAAGAUUAAUAACUGCUAGCCAGCUGAUGAUGACGAUAAUGUCCAUCAAGUGAAGUCGCAUAACGAGACCUGCACAAAUAUUUUCCUUUCGUUUCUAAUCGACGAGAACUGAACUGAACGCCCUGUGGGUUGUGGCAUACUGACUAGAGCAACUACAUAGCAAUUUACAGUUUCUCCUGUCGCAUGCACUUGCAGUUCAGUUAAUCAAAGAGAGCCACGAGACAUACAGAUCUCUUCACUGAA